AUGAAUCCACACAUUGAUUACAGGUUCCACUCGUGCAGAUGUAUAAGUGACAAUCAAUUUUAUCAUCUAAUCUCAGUGAUUAUCCGGUUGGAACUACUGAAAGUAGAAGAGACGGACAGCCUUUAUAUUAGGAAUGUUACAGUUGACGCGCCAGAGAAUAACUGUUUUUACCGGCUUCCAGGUAUUCCCGGGCGGCGGCGGCGGCGGCCAAGCCCUGCGGCUGGCCCUGAAGGCCCUGGAGGCCCGAGCCCUCCUCCCGCCGGCGAGCGCUCGCCUGCCUUAUUUGGCAGCACCUUUGCAAGCCGCACGCACCUGGAGGCCGCCCUGCGACCUCUUCAGCGCCGGACAAGUCCAGCGUCUUUCUACAACCCUUCACUUGACGUGUCAAUGCACUGGACAGGACUUUGCAAAAGGUAUCCUCCCGCGACACCUGGACACCCCCUGCGGUGCGUCUUGUUGACGGACGCAGCGGCUGCCCCGGCGGGGUCUGUGACGUCACUCGUCGCCGAAUACUGGACUUUCUGGUGGGUCUCAGCUGCGGAUUUUUGCUUCUUGAUUUUAUAA